AUGCUAUCAAUGGAUGUAAUUCAUGGUCAAGAAGAUAACAUUGCUGAGUAUUAUCAGCAACAGGUUGAAGUGCUUGAGGGCUUUACUGAAAUGGAUGCCUUAGCAGAGCGUGGUUUUAUUCCCGGAAUGUCAAAGGAGGAGCGAGACAAGUUAGCUAGGAGCGAGACAUUUGCCAUCAGAAUAUCUAACUUAGCAAACAUGGUUCUUUUUACUGCCAAAGUUUACGCAUCAAUCCGAAGUGGUUCCCUAGCCAUCAUUGCAUCCACUUUAGACUCUCUGCUGGAUCUCCUCUCUGGAUUCAUCUUAUGGUUCACUGCAUUUUCCAUGCAAACACCGAAUCCAUAUCAGUACCCUAUUGGGAAGAAGCGGAUGCAACCAUUGGGAAUUCUUGUCUUUGCCUCUGUCAUGGCAACACUGGGACUGCAAAUAAUUUUGGAGUCUGUCCGCACAUUAAUAUACUCUGAUAAUACCUUCAACUUGACCCGGGAUCAAGAGUGCUGGGUUAUGGGUAUUAUGCUUUCGGUGACUCUGGUGAAAUUCAUGCUGAUGGUUUAUUGCCGCUCUUUUACUAAUGAGAUUGUUAAGGCUUAUGCUCAGGAUCACUUUUUUGAUGUGAUCACUAAUUUGAUUGGCCUCAUUGCUGCACUUUUGGCCAAUUAUUUUGAUGAUUGGAUGGAUCCGGUCGGUGCUAUCAUUCUGGCUAUAUACACAAUUCGCACAUGGUCAAUGACGGUGUUGGAAAACGUGAACUCCCUGGUCGGAAGAUCAGCCGCACCAGAGUAUCUUCAGAAACUUACAUACCUUUGCUGGAACCACCACAAGGCUGUAAGGCACAUUGACACUGUCCGGGCUUACACAUUCGGGUCUCACUACUUUGUCGAGGUUGAUAUUGUCCUACCAGCAGGCAUGCCUUUGCAAGAGGCUCACGAUAUUGGUGAAUCAUUGCAAGAGAAGCUCGAACUCUUGCCUGAGAUCGAGCGUGCUUUUGUUCAUCUUGAUUAUGAGUACAGUCACAAACCUGAGCAUGCUCAAGCUCAUUCUUAG